GAAAUUUAUCAGUACUGGAAUCUGCCGCUGCAAAUCGACGAUUUAGUCAUCGUCAACAAACACAGCAGUAGGCAGUAGCAAGUCAACGAGAUUCCGCAAUGAGGAAACGAGAUUUGGCUAUUCUAAUGCUUUCAGCUUUCGCUAUUUUCUUCUCCCUUCAGGUUUUCUCUCUUCAAUUGCUUUUCAUUUUCGUACCUCGAAUCUCACCGAUUUUCUUCUCCAUUUCUCUCCUCAAGCACGAAGGUGAUUUCUCUUUUCGAGAAGCGUGGUUCCACUUAUCAGCUUAAUAUCCAAUCAGAUACGUUUCCGAUCGUCUCCCUCCGCCUCGAUCUCAACGCCGACGGAAAGAAGGAAAGUCCUCGUCGCCACGCACGAUGCCAAAAUUCAGGUACUGGAGCCACAUGCAAGGCGAGUGCAUGAAGGAUUCAGAGAAGCGCGAGUGCUGGCAAAGGUGUCUUUGUUGCCUGUUAAGAUCAGGGUAACGACUGGUAGACGUGCUGUGUCCAUGGCCACUGGUGUUAUAGAUCGAACGUAUAAGCUGGGGCAACCGCAGAAGCAGGUUCUGGUUGUUGUCGCAUCUGGUUGGUCCGUUAUGUGUUUCGAUCAUAACCUCAAAAAGCUAUGGGAAAAUAAAUUGCAGGAGGAUUUUCCACAUAAUGCACACCACAGAGAAAUAGCAAUCCCAAUAAGCAAUUACACUUUGAAACAUGGGGAUAUAGGACUUGUCAUCAUUGGCGGGAGAAUGGAAAUGCAACCACAUAUUUACAUAGAUCCUUUUGAAGAGAUUGGGAUGCAAGAGCCAAAUGCCAAGAAACAUAGAAGAAGUGCCAGCGAAAAGGAGGCUUCUGAGAACUCUGGCACUGUGAAUUUACACCAUUUUGCAUUCUAUGCAUUUGCUGGGCAAAGUGGUUUACUUUGUUGGAGUAGAAAGAGUGAGAAUAUUGAAGACCAUUCAUCAGAUCCAUUACAGCUAAUUCCGCAGCACAACUACAAGCUCAAUGCGCAUGCUUUGAAUGAUCGUCAUCCAGGACAGCUUGCAUGUAGGGAUGUCAGAUAAUCAGUCCUUGGAGUUAUGCCACAUCAAUGGGAUAGGAGAGAAGAUUCAUAUUGAAGCUGGCACACUUCAAGCGACACAGAUGGAAAACAUUGAAGAAAGCAGAUGGAAAAAAAACAACGUACCCUUUUCACAAGCCUGAGGAACACCAUCCUGUGGGGAAGGACUCAACGAAAAAAAUUUCAAACUUGAUUGGAGAAGCUGCUUAGGUUGCGGGUUCAGCAAAAAAUAAGGAGCCCACUAAUUAUAUUCCAACCAUAACAAAUCACACCAACUUUUUGUGGGUUCCUAAUGUUGUUGUAGCUCAUCAAAAGGAAGGGAUAGAAGUUGUUCAUCUGGCAAGUGAUGGACUUAUACGCAAGCUUCAUCUCCAAGAAGGUGGUCUUCAUGCUGAUAUUAAUGGAGAUGGGGUCCUAGAUCAUGUCCUGGUGCACCUUUUUACCUUUAUAUCUCGAACAUUGUUAAAAUGCUGGGCUGUUCCUUAUCGUUUAAUGUAGAAAAAUGGAUUAGCAUAUCUCAACUGACCUUUCGUAGGCUGGUUUGCAUCAACGUUCUGUGGGAUGUGACCAUCUUCUCCAAAAGUGUAGUCAUCUGAUCCGGAUUAUAGCUAGCUGUAUGCGGUGAUUUUGGGGGCUUUACAUUUUUUUGGUCUGGGGUGUCAUAUGACUCAUUUGAAAUGUAUAAUCAUCUGAACUGGAUUAUAGUGACAUGCUAUGCUGUCUAUGCUGAUUG